AUGGACACAGUUGUCCUUCUCGACGAGGAGGAGACCGUGCCGUGGGUACCGCCCCAUCGAGAAACACCACCGCCCUCAUACGAGGAGCUUUUCGGGCCGGGCCCGUACCCGGAGCCCGACCCUCCAGCAUCAGCCGGGGUCAGCACCGCUGCCACCAUGGCGGUGCGGGCCACCGGCGCCGCUGCCACGGGCACACCCAGGCCCGCACCCAGUGCCACCGACGCCAAGGAGCAGGCCACGCCCACGCUCACCGCCGCCGACGACACCGCCGACGCGGCAACCGUCCGGGCAGGAGCCAGCACCCCCACGGGGGAUGACUUGCUCGCGCUCCUGCUGGGGAAGCUGGCCGCGUCCCCCGACGGACCCACCACGUCCGCCGCAUCCCAGCAGCGGGAGGCAGUCCGGGCCGCGGUCCGAACAAUAAUGGCCACGAUCCCCACGGCGGAAGCCACUGCUCAACCCGACGCAGCCGCUGGAUCGACCGCCGGCAUCCCACCGGCCGCCACUGCUCAAUCCGACGCAGCCGCCGGAUCGGCCGCCGGCAUCCCACCGGCCGCCACUGCUCCACCCGACGCAGCCGCCGGAUCGGCCGCCGGCAUCCCACCGGCCGCCACUGCUCAAUCCGACGCAGCCGCCGGAUCGGCCGCCGGCAUCCCGCCGGCCGCCACUGUUCAACCCGACGCAGCCGCCGGAUCGGCCGCCGGCAUCCCGCCGGCCGCCAUGGCUCAACUAGACGCCGCCACCCAAGCGGCCGCCCAACCGGACGCCGCCGCCACCCAAGCGGCCGCCUAA